UAAGUUAUGUUUUGUUAUGGCUGUUUGUGGUGAGGGAAAAGAUAGCAGACAUGGCAGUUUCAGGGAUAGGUUGGAGUUGGAAGCUUUUAUGUAACGGCCGCGGAGUUAGCAAGACAAACACGCCCUUGUUCCUCCAAAUCCCAACGCAAAUUGGCUUCACCAGAUUUUCUUCUCGCGUUGUUGCUCGCGCUUCUAACCCCAAAACGGAGGAUCAGAGCUCCACCUCUUCUUCUCAAGAGGAUUUAGUGUACGUGGGAAAACUGGUGGCGGGUUCUUUUGCAGGCGGUGGUGCGAUCAAGUAUGGGAGCGCUCUUUUUCCUGAGAUAACUACUCCCAACCUUGUGCUAGCUCUAAUCAUCAUCUCAACUCCUGUGCUUGUUGCUGUUUUUCUUUUGAUCAAGGAAAGUCUUACAGACCAAUAGGAACUUUAUUUGUUAUUUAUUCAUGAAUCAUAAUCAAAUUGGUAGAUACUGAUAUACUAUUUGUGUAA